CUGAUCAUAGAAAGAUAGAUUAGAUAGAUUGAAAGAACAGUAGACAGAGAUCAUCAUCCUCUUCCUAAAUCAUGACUUCUCCAUUUCAUUAAACUCAAAUCCAAACUCUUUCUAUUCUUCAAUCGAUGCAAAGAUCCUUUAAUUUCACAUCAAUUUGCAUUCCAACACAUUAAGGGUUAUAUAUUCUUCAUCAAAUCCGAUUCCAAAAGCGUUUGAUUGAGUUGUUCGGUGGUUUCUGUCAUAAUUGGCAUCAGGGUUUUGGUUCUAUUUGAAAUUUGGCUUCGAUCUGUGACAUGAAGAUUGAGGAGAUUGACGAUUGUUCUGAGUCUGAUUGUCGAGGGACUUACACUGAAGAUCUCGGUGGUGACGUUGGUGGAAGACAGAUCGUUAAGAAUGAUGCUAAGAGGGCUUUGGUCGGAGCCGGUGCUCGGAUCCUGUUUUAUCCGACUCUUCUCUAUAAUGUUUUUAGGAACAAGAUUCAGACUGAAUUUCGGUGGUGGGAUGAAGUUGACCAGUAUAUUCUUUUAGGCGCAGUUCCAUUCCCUAAGGAUGUUCCACGCCUGAAACAGCUAGGUGUUGGUGGUGUCAUCACUCUCAAUGAACCUUAUGAAACAUUGGUUCCAUCAUCGCUAUACCAUACCCAUGAGAUAGAUCAUCUGGUUAUUCCAACAAGAGACUACCUAUUUGCUCCUUCAUUUGUGGAUAUCAGUCGGGCUGUUGAUUUCAUUCACAAAAAUGCAUCUUGCAACAAAACUACAUAUGUUCAUUGUAAAGCAGGAAGAGGGAGGAGCACGACUGUUGUGCUUUGCUAUCUGGUGGAAUAUAAGAACAUGACUCCAUCUGCAGCCCUUGAUUAUGUUCGAUGUAGAAGACCUAGAGUGCUUUUAGCUCCUUCGCAAUGGGAGGUAUAUAUAUAGUAACAUUGUUUCAAAAUGGUAUGAAACCAGACCAUGUUUCUGUAAUGUAUUAAGAUCAUUUCACUUGAACAAACACAGGCAGUGCAAGAAUUUAAGCAGAGACGGUUAGCAUCAUGUACACCACCUUCAGGAGGGGAUGCUGUUUUGAUUACUAAAGAAGAUCUUGAAGGUUAUAACAGCAGCACUUGUGACGAUACCGAGAUGGAGAAGAAGAAGAAUUCUGUGGUGGUGAUUCAUAGGCAGCCGAUGAUAGCAAUGCUGACUUGUCUGUUUGCUUCGUUGAAAGUUUCUGGAGGAUACGGUUCGUCGGUUGCUAGGCAGCAACUGACAACAGAAGCUCGGGCCUGCUGAAUUUGCCAAAGUGGGAAGUAUAUUAGUUUUUUUUUUUUCAUGUUAAUUUCCACUUAUAAUAAACAAUGAGAAUAUCAUAUUUGUGUAAUCAACGAAACGAUCGCCUGACUCGAUUAAAAGUCUUAGUUGACUUUAGCUCAACUGUAAGUACGAUCGAGAUCGAGUUUUGCGAGUGUGUGUUUGUGUUUGUAUAUACUAUUAUAUAUAUAUAUUAUGUUAUGAUGUUUAAGGUUAA